GUAGCAAUUUCGGGGCGCGGCCAAUUAGGCGGUGUUGAUGCUUGCAGUCUCCAGCUGGGUGCGAGUGGAGAGGUUCUGGGGAGUGUUACCGGCUGAUGGGCGAGAAGAUGCGAGAGGGCACCGGGCCACUGGUGGCCCACGUCCUAAAUUACGAGAGCUUGGUGCACGCCGUGGCCGGGGCUACGGGGGGCUUGACCGCGAUGACUGUAUUUUACCCGCUGGACACGGCACGCCUGAGGCUUCAAGUGGACGAGAAGAUGAAAGCGAAGUCGACUCCCGUCGUCCUGGCCAAGAUCAUCAAGGAGGAAGGGCUGUCGGCGGUGUACCGCGGCUGGUUCUCCGUCAUCUCCAGCCUCUGCUGUUCAAACUUCGUCUACUUCUACACCUUCAACGCCCUGAAGGAGACCUGGGUGAAAGGCCAGCCCCCUUCCAACAGCAAGGACCUCGUCAUGGGCUUUAUUUCUGGGGUGGUCAACGUGCUGGUCACCACUCCGCUCUGGGUGGUCAAUACCCGGCUCAAGAUGCAGGGAGCGGCAUUCCGCAAUGAGGACAUCCAGCAAACCAACUACAAAGGCAUGCUGGAUGCGGUGACGCAGAUCAUGCAGACGGAGGGGGUGCUGGCACUGUGGAGCAGCACUAUCCCCUCCCUCCUGCUUGUCUUCAACCCCGCCAUCCAGUUCAUGUUCUACGAGGGCCUGAAGCGACAGCUGAUGAAGGGGCGGACUGAGCUACUCUCUCUUGAGGUCUUCAUUAUCGGAGCCAUUGCCAAGGCGAUUGCCACCACGUUAACGUACCCGCUACAGACUGUGCAGUCUUUACUUCGGUUCAGCCAGCGGAAGAUGGAGCGAGGGAGAGGGAUCCUGGGAAGUCUCCGAAGCAUCAUCUACCUCUUGAGUCAGAGGGUGAAGAGACAGGGUUUCUGGGGUCUCUACAAGGGCCUGGAGGCCAAGCUGCUGCAGACGGUCCUGACCUCUGCCCUGAUGUUCCUGGUCUACGAGAAGAUCGCAGGCUUCAUUUUCCGAAUCAUGGGAGUGGCCCCUCGUGUGAAAAAAUAGCGAGCGAAAGAGCUACCUCAGGGACACUGUCCGUCUCCCCCUCUCGCCCUCGCCGGAGGAGCGCUGCAGAAGCGAGGCCACGUGUCGCGUGAGAGGAAAACUGAAGGGUAAACCCGUUGGGUUCACGGAUGACCCACUUUGACAGGGAGCUACCUUUGGUUGAGGUCAAACAUGUUGGUGUUUAUUAAAAUGAACUUUCGGUUCCGGUGCCUCUCCAGCGUCCUCGCUGCCUGGCCUGUGUGUAAGUUCCUUUGUGGUGAAUGAAGUUACUGGUCCCCUUCGCCGGGAAUGGCAGCUCCCUCGCUCCGGGUAAUUUGGGAGCUGGCUGCCCGCUGCCCGAGGGAUCGACAGGAAGGUCGUCACCAGGAGCUGGACAUCUUGCCCCUCAGCAACGACAAGAGAUGCUGCAGGUGCCUGAAAUCGAAAGCAACACGUAGAAACUGGUCAGGAGCUCAGCAGUCAGGCAGCGUCUGUGGAGAAGGAUAAACAGUUGGCCUUUUGGGCCGAGACCCCACGUCUUCGUGAAGGGUCUCGGCCCGAAACGUUGACUCUUUAUUCCUCUCCGUAGGUGCUCCCCAACCCGCUGAAGGCCCUCCAGCAUUUUGUGUGUAUUGAUCUGGCCUCGCCAGCCUGCUCCCCUCCAGAGGCUGAGCUACAGCACAAAUACAGGCCCUUCGGCCCAUUUGCCAUCUGCGUUCUUCAUGUGACCUGCCGUCGUAAACUUCCUGUGAUUCAAGUCAGCCAGGCUUUUGUUCAGAAUGUAGAUGUAGAGGCAUCAUUAGUGUAAAGUAACAAUAAAGUGGGGUUGUGAAUCUCUCUAACCGAGUCAUACAGCAGAGAAACAGCCCCUUUGACCCAAAUGAUCCACGUCUAUCUCAUUUGGACCAUAUCUACCUAACACAGGGUUCCCAAUCUGGGGUCGGCAGAACCCCUGAUUAAUGGUAUUGGUCCCUGGCAUAAAAAGUUUUAGCCCCCGGCUCUGAAGGAAUUUCUGUCUAUUCACCUGUCCAAUUAAAUAUCCGCUAUGUACCUGCCUCAACCACUUCCACUGGCAUCUCUUUGCGUAUACGGAC